AUGGCGAGAUCGUGCUGUAUCUGGACGCCUGUUUUGAUCUCACUCUCUCCGAUAACCGGAGAAGCAGCUAAAAUUUCCCGGCGACGGGUGAUUUUAGCCGCAAGUGUAGGUUCUCCUCAGCCUUUACUUGAAGCAAACAUUAAGGAACCGCAGAAGCUUCAAGUCCUUGAUUCCAAAGAUGAUGUGUCCAGAAGAAACACGAUGCUCUAUCUAACGGCUGGAUUUCUAGGAGGGAUCAGCUUUCUCCAUGGUGAAGAAGCCGCAGAAGCUCGUGUAGGGAGAAAAGAGAACAGAAGAAAAUCUUUAGAGAAGCUGAGAGGGAAAGCCAAAGAGUCUGAACCCAAAGCAGGAGACAAAACGAAAGACAGUGAACUAUUCCCUCUUCUUCCUCCACCUCUCCUACCACAAGCCAUUGGACCUGUGGUGGAAGCAAAUUUGCUGCCAUAA